AUGAAGUUCUCAGCUACCGUUAUUGCUGUUUUUGUUGGGCUCGUCGCGGCUAGUCCCCUUCCCACCCUCGAUACUCGAACUUCCCCGAUCCCCGCAGCAAGCCAGAAUAAGCCACAAUCUAUCACCGGCACCUCAAAUGGCCAUGCCGACGCCAACACUGGAAAUUUUAUUGCUCCUACCCCGAGGGACUCGAAAGGCAGCGUCCGAGUGAUGGUGGACUCAAAGCCGAACUAG